AUGGAGGCUCCGGUGUGCCUGAUUGAGAACAGGAGAAAUCGCCUCCAUGUUUCUCUGGAGACUCUUCGGUUGCUCUCGGAAAUCCAGCAGCUGGUGGUGGUGGUGUCCAUUGUGGGACUGUAUCGCACGGGCAAGUCCUACCUAAUGAACAAGCUGGCUGUGGAAAAGGGCAAUUCCCAAAAUGAUAUCUGGAUCUUCUCUUUGGCUAUGUUACUGAGCAGCACCCUUGUCUACAACAGUAUUGAGAACAGGGCAGCCAUGCAGGAAGUUGUUACUCACUAUGCACAACUGAUGGAGCAAAGCUUGGAGCUACCCACUGAGACUCUCCAGGAACUUCUGGACAUACACAAAUUAUGUGAGGAACAAGCCCUCCAGAUGUUCAUGGCUCGUGCCUUUAAGGAUGAUAAACGUCAGUUCCAGCUUGAACUCAUGGGACCAAUCAAGUCAUAUGCUUCUCCCUACUUGACUAUAUCUGGCUUUAUGGUAGAGGCAGAACUAGGCUUUUCACAGAUGUUUUCUUUUGAUGUCAGCCUUAUCAGUUUUGUGACAGAGCUGUCUAAACAUAUCAAGGCCAAGUCUUCCUCCGCUACUGGAGAUACAGAUGAGACUUCUGGAUUUGUUGGCUUCUCCCCAAACUUUGUUUGGUCUGUGCGAGAUUUCACACUGCAGCUGCAACAGGAUGGGAAAUCCAUCACAGAGGAUGAAUAUCUCGAACAUGCUCUGGAAUUAAAAGAAGGUGACAGCAAGAAGGAGCAGGAAUUCAAUCUGACACGGAAAUGCAUCCGACUGUUCUUCCCCACCCGGAAGUGCUUCGUCUUUGAUUGCCCUACUGAAAGUAGGAACUUACCCUAUCUGGAAAAGAUGGUGGAUAAUCAGCUGGAGCCUGAAUUCGUGGAACAAGCAAAUAAAUUCUGUCAUCAUAUCUAUGAAACAUCUCAAGAAAAGACUCUUCCAGGAGGGCACAUUGCCACUGGCAACUCGUUGGCAAAGUUGGUUGAGACCUAUGUGGCUACUAUCUCUAGUGGGAACAUUCCCUGCCUGGAGAACUCAGUCUUGUCCUUGGCGGAGAUUGAGAACAAGGCAGCCGUGCAGGAAGCUGUUGCUCACUAUGCACAACUGAUGGAGCAAAGCUUGGAGCUACCCACUGAGACUCUCCAGGAACUUCUGGACAUACACAAAUUAUGUGAGGAACAAGCCCUCCAGAUGUUCAUGGCUCGUGCCUUUAAGGAUGAUAAACGUCAGUUCCAGCUUGAACUCAUGGCAAGGAAGAUCCUGGAGGAAUUCCUCCAGAGCAAGGAAAACAUCAGCAAAACCAUCCUUCAAAGUGAUGUGAGCCUUCAAGAGAAGGAGAGGGAAAUAGCAGAUGAGAAAAUGAAGGCCAGAGCCAAUGAACUAGAGCAAGAAAUGCAGAAGCAGAAAAUUGAAAUGCUCAAACAGACGUUGGAGGACCUGAAACAGAGCCAGAAGAAGAACCUUCGGAAGUUAAGGGGGAAGAUGGAGGAAGAAACGAAAAAGAUGAAGGAAGAGUAUGAGAAGAGGAUCAAAAGGAAACUCAAGUGAGGGCUCGGAGGAGAACAUCAACAAAAGAAGCUACUCCCGAGCUGAUGACCACCAGGAAUUUCUUAAUGACAUCCAAAGAGGGAAGAAACAAUUAUUCGAGUCACGCAAGAAAGGAAUAAUGAUGCCAUCUGGGAAGAUCACAGGACUCCAGGAUGCCACAUCUGUCAUAAAUACAUAUCAGGCAAAGAAGAUCCCGGAAGAAUUCCUCCCAAUCAUAGGAAACAUCAACAAAACUCUCUCUCAAAGUGACGAGAGCCAUCAAGAGAAAGAGAAGGAAAUAGCAGACAAAGGU